GUUUUGCUCUUGUCACCCAGGCUGGAGUGCAGUGGUGUGAUCUCAGUUCACCCGGUUCAAGAGACUCUCAUGCCUCACCCUCCCAAGUAGCAGGACUUACAGAGUCUUUCAACUGCAGUUCAGCUCCAUCAAUUCAACACUGUUCUUUCUAAACAAGUACACAUCGUGCCUUCUCUACAUCGCUCUUGGAACAUAACUUCUCAUGGCAGUGUUUAAGGCCACUUUCUGGAGGCUGAUUUCUGGGACCUUGGGUAUAAUAUGUCUUUCGUUGAUGGCUACGCUGGGAAUUUUGUUAAAAAAUUCUUUUACUAAACUGAGUACUGAGUCAGCAUUUACUCCGGGACCCAACAUAGAACUCCAGAAAGACUCUGACUGCUGUUCUUGCCAGGAAAAAUGGAUUGGUUAUCGAUGCAGCUGUUACUUCAUUUCCAGUGAAUCUAAAACUUGGAAUGAAAGUAGACAUCUCUGUGCUUCUCAGAAAUCCAGUCUUCUUCAGCUUCAAAGCAGAGAUGAACUGGAUUUUAUGACCUCCAGUCAACAAUUUUACUGGAUUGGACUCUCUUAUAGUGAAGAACAAAACGCCUGGUUAUGGGAGAGUGGCUCUGGACUGUCCCGGGAUCUAUUUCCAUUGUUUGAAACUUCUAAUCGAAAGAACUGCAUAGCAUAUAAUCCAAGGGGAAAUGUUGUAGAUGAGCCCUGUGAAAUUAAAAAUCGUUUUAUCUGUAAGCAACAGGUCAUUUAAAUGUUUCUUGGGGCAGAGAAGGUGGAGCGUAGAGACCCAACAUUACUAAUAAUGAUACAUUUACCUGUUACAUUAUUGCUUAUUGUCUUCUUCUGAAUCUAUAAAUGUUUCAAAUAGUGUCUUAUACAAUUGUCAUAUAUGUGAAAUGAUGUGUUUUAUAAUUGAUGAAAUUUGUACAUCUACAUUUGAAAUUAUAAAGUUAAUAUAAAGAAUUUUGUAUUUUGAUUUGAUGUAUGUAUUUAAUGUUAAAUUUGAUGUAGUUUUAUUGCAGAUUUAUGUAACUUUAUUUACAUUCUUGCUAAUUCUCAGCAGAAAUUUAAAUAAAAUUUAAUUCACAUCAAAUAAAAUUUACAAAAUAAAAUUUAACUCACACUGCCUAGGCUGGAGUGCAGUGGUAAGAUCAUAGCUCAUUACAACCUCAACUCCUGGGCUCAAGUGAUCCUCCUGACUCAGCCUGCCAAGUAGAUAGGUCUACAGGCACCAUGCCACUAUGCCCAGCUGAUUUUUAUUUUUUAAUUUUUUGUGAAGACAAGAUCUCGCUACGUUGCCCAGGCUGGUCUUGAACUCAUGGCCUCGAGUGAUUCUCCCACCUUGGUCUCCCAAAGUGCUGAGAUUACAGGUGUGAAACACCAUCCCUGGCCCUCUUCACAUUCUUGUAUGAAGACUGAUUCAGGAAAAAUGCACUUCAGUUAACUUACAAAAGAUAUAGGAUGAAAUAUAAUAUCUUUCAUAUGUUUAAUGUGAACUAAGCUUAUUAUGAAUUGCACGUUCUGGAGAUUUCUAAUAUUCUGGUUUUGUUGUCCAUGUGAUUACAAAAUUAUUUAUUUUUUAAUUAAAAAUUUUAAAAUAAUAUAAGCAAGCAUGUAAUGGUUAUCAAUAUUUUUUUGUGCUAAUUAUUUUAUCUCCUUGACCUCCUCUCAUGAGGCAUUGUCUUCUGUUUUAACACUUAGAGUGUUUUUCUCUUUUAUGAAUCAAAGCUGAUCUAUUUUCAUCAUUGUUGUGAUGAAAAAAAUCAUUUUGAUUGACUUAAGAUGGAAGAAUUUGGACUGGGUGUGGUGGCUUAUGCCUGUAAUCCCAGCACUUUGGGAGGCCAAGGUGGGCAGAUCACUUGAGGUCAGGAGUUCGAGACCAGCCUGGCCAACAUGGUGAAACCCGUCUCUACUAAAAAUAUAAAAAUUAGCUGGGCAUCAUAGUGCACACCUAUAAUCCCAGCUAUUUGGGAAGCUGAGGUGAGAGGAUCGCUUGAACCCGGGAGCUGGAGGUUGCAGUGAGCCAAGAGUGCACCACUGCACUCUAGCCUGGGGCAUAGAGCAAGACUACUC